UUCAUCGUAGUUUCGUCUUUUUGAUAAACCCAGAUAUGAUGAAUAUUUCUGUUCUUUCGCUUUUGAUUAAUAGUUCUCUGCUUUUUCAGUACCGAUCUUUAUAUUCGUCAGUGAUACAUCUUCUGCACCUUGGUAUCUCAAUGCCGAAAGACCUCUUGAAACAUCCAAGGAAAUGGAAAUCAGAUCCAGAUUGUUGUUGAAACUGAUGAUGUCUUCAAAAGUGCUUGUUGCUUAGCUUUUUCUAGACCAAGAUGGUUGGAAAACUUAUCAAAAUUGUCAAAUUCUUUUAUGUUGGUGGAAGCUGGGGAACUUAUCAAUGGUUAAAUUUUCUCUCUAUCAACCGUUUUGAGAGGAAAAAGAAUAUAGACUUCACGAUUUCAGCUUUUGCCAUGCUUCGCACCCUUGAAGGAGAUGUGCUUCAUGGUCUUAAUCUGGCUGAAGCUUCCUUGACAAUUGCAGUUCAAUCUAGUGCUGCAAGCUGCUCUUGGUAUGGAGAUGUUGACUUGGGAGAGAAUCUGCAAGCUCAAGUAGUGAAAUUUGUGUUUACAUGGUGGAAGAGUGAUUUGCUCUGUUUAUUUAAUUUUUUUUUUCUUUCAGUUCUGUAUAUGGUUAAUGGGUUGCUUUUUUUUUUACUUUUUAUAAUAAAUAAGGCUCCAAUGGCCUUUAUUCUUAAUUUCCGGAUUAUAGAUGGGAUUGAUUCGUGGCUCAAAUGGAUAUAUAUAAAUGAUUAA